CUUCCUGUGCUACGGACAUGAAGUUGAUCCUAAGCGCAACUCCUGUCUGUCCGGGACAGCUCCCGGCCCGCGCUCCGACGCUCGCGCAAUUGAUAGGCUCUGAUACUACCCCAUCAACAACAUGUUGUAACUCGAAAGCCGGAACACAGUGGACAUUAACAUGGCUAAUACUACUGUCAGCGCGACAAAAUCACUUCCGGAUGGACUUGCAUUCGACACCAGCUUCGACGUUCUCUUCCGAUCUGUCGAUCUCGACAGCGAGAUCCCUGAAUCAUGGACGUCGCUUCAAGCAUACAUCGCACGGGUCGCAGAAGCCAAUACAGACCGAAAUGACUUGCAUAUACACGAAGUUGCCGUUGCGUCAUUACAAAUAGUGCCUGGCAAAUCUCUGGAGUUCCAAAUUUGCUGCAACACGUUGAAGGUUUAUACAGCAGCCAUCCGUCCAUCUUCGCUCCAUAUUCCCACCAAAAUCGACAGCGGUCGUGUCACAUUCACUCUUGAGCGGGCUAUCGAUUUCAUGGUUGAGAUUAAUGGAGACAAAUGGCAAGCGCUGCAUCUGCUUGUGACCUACGUCGAUGCACAAGCACCCAGUAGCGACGGCAACGGCAUUUGGUACUUUGGGACCGGCGUGAACAACGGAGCUGCGAGCAGCAAGAUCAUUGAUGGUGCACUUAUCAUUCCUUCAGAAACAACUGUGUAUCUCGCCCACGGAGCGAUUCUCACAGCCCAAGUGCAGUUUGUUGACGUCAAGAAUUCGGCAGUCAAAGGCCCAGGUAUCAUCUUUCGCCCCGCGUACGAAGCAGAAUCGUCAUCGAGACCGCGCGAACUCGCUGGCGGAGCAAUACUCAUCGAGCGCUCGAAGAAUAUCACGGUGCAAAGUGUGACGUCUCUUCGCUCCUUUGGUUUCAGCCUAUGCGUUGGGGAAGGGCAGGACAUCCACAUCGAUCGAUACCGUUCACUCUCCGGCUAUGGUAACGGAGACGGUAUUGACUUAUUCUGCUGCAAGGAUGUCCUCGUCGAGAACUGUUUCCUGCGCAACUCCGACGACACAAUCGCCAUAUACGGGCACCGCUGGAAUUAUUACGGCGACACGCAAAACAUCCGGAUCAACAACUGCACACUCUUGCCCGACAUUGCGCAUCCGAUCCAUAUUGGUACACAUGGCAACCCACAAGUGCCUGAAACUCUCAGCGAUAUCUACAUCAGCAACAUUGACAUCCUCGACCAUUGCGAGCACCAAAUGUGGUACCAGGGUUGUAUUUCCAUCAACGCUGGAGACGAGAACCUGAUACACGACGUCUUGGUUGAGAAUGUACAAGUCGAGAAAAUCACAAAGGGUCAGCUGUUCAACAUCCGAACUAUGAAGAAUGCCAUGUGGACGACAGCACCUGGUCGUGGGGUCAAGAACGUGACGUUCCGGAACGUCGAGUUGCACACGAACAGGUCCAGCUUAGUAUACCCCUCGCAGGUUCUGGGAUUCGAGCGGGGCAGAGGGGUUGAGGGCGUCAUGUUUGAACAACUCACGAUUGGAGGGAAAGUUGUUCACGAUGAUAUGCAAAAGCCGAAGUGGUACAUGGUGUCGGACUUUGUGCCCGCGUUUGUCAACGAGCACGUGGUCGACCUUGUCUUCAAGCUGAAUGAUAGCAAAUGAUGUAACCUCAGAGCCGUGAUUCGACAUCGCAAUAGUAUGUGCAGCCAGACCUGUCCUUACGAUCAAACGACCUGAGCGCUGACAGUCAAUCCUAAACCG